CAGCGGCAGAGAGCUUCAUUUUCUGAUCUGCUUUUGUGCUAAAAUGGAGGCUGGCCUCUCGCCCUGAGUGGAUCGCCUUCCUGGUUGAGGUUUAGAUGUUGACAUGCAAUAAAUCUGGAGACAGGAUGGUUGUGGAUGCACCCAAUUCCAAUGGGCCUUUUCAGCCGGUGGCUCUUAUGCACUUCAGAGAUGUGGCCCCUCCUGAGCAGGAGAAGCUCUUCAUCCAGAAGCUGCGACAGUGCUGCGUUCUCUUCGACUUCCUGUCCGACCCGCUGAGUGACCUGAAAUGGAAGGAAGUGAAGAGGGCGGCUCUGAGCGAGAUGGUGGAGUACAUCACCCACAACAGGAAUGUCAUCACGGAGCCGAUCUACCCGGAGGUGGUGCACAUGUUUGCUGUGAACAUGUUCAGAACGUUGCCUCCAUCUUCCAACCCAACUGGAGCAGAGUUUGAUCCCGAAGAGGACGAACCGACGCUUGAAGCUGCGUGGCCUCACCUCCAGCUCGUCUAUGAAUUUUUCCUUAGGUUUUUAGAAUCCCCUGACUUUCAGCCCAACAUAGCGAAGAAAUACAUCGACCAGAAAUUUGUUAUGCAGCUCCUAGAACUAUUCGACAGCGAGGAUCCCAGAGAGAGAGACUUCCUGAAAACCACCCUCCACAGGAUUUACGGAAAGUUCCUGGGGCUGAGAGCGUACAUCAGAAAACAGAUCAAUAACAUUUUCUAUAGGUUUAUCUAUGAGACAGAACACCAUAAUGGUAUAGCUGAACUACUGGAAAUACUUGGAAGCAUAAUCAAUGGAUUUGCCUUACCACUAAAAGAAGAGCACAAGAUUUUCCUGUUGAAGGUUUUAUUGCCUCUGCACAAAGUCAAAUCACUCAGUGUCUACCAUCCACAGCUGGCCUACUGCGUGGUGCAGUUUUUGGAAAAGGACAGCACUCUAACUGAGCCGGUGGUAAUGGCUCUACUAAAGUACUGGCCGAAGACUCACAGUCCUAAGGAGGUGAUGUUCCUGAACGAGCUGGAGGAGAUCCUGGACGUCAUCGAGCCGUCUGAGUUUGUCAAGGUGCAGGAGCCGCUCUUCAGACAGCUGGCCAAGUGUGUCUCCAGCCCACACUUCCAGGUGGCAGAGAGAGCUCUGUACUACUGGAACAACGAGUACAUCAUGAGUCUGAUCAGCGACAACGCGGCCAAGAUUCUGCCCAUCAUGUUCCCCGCUCUGUACCGCAACUCCAAGACCCACUGGAACAAGACCAUCCACGGCCUCAUCUACAACGCUCUGAAGCUUUUCAUGGAGAUGAACCAGAAGCUCUUUGAUGAUUGCACACAGCAGUUCAGGGCCGAGAAAAACAAAGAGAAGGCGAAGUCAAAAGAACGCGAGGAGGCUUGGAUCAAGAUCGAGAACCUCGCCAAGUCAAAUCCACAGUUCUCUAUGUAUGUUGAUUCCUCUGACCUCAAUAGUCCUGUAGCAAUGGAGACGGAUGUCCGUUUGAUAGAAGAUGUUCAGAGGUUAAAAAAGACAGUUGAGGAGGGCGCAACUCAGUUGCAGCAUGAACAGCGGAAGGAGCGGCCCAUGGUGCGACGCAAGUCUGAGUUGCCUCAGGAUAUCUACACCACAAAAGCCUUGGAGUCCCACCGCAGAGCUGAAGACAUGUUGACCACCCACGACGGACUCUAGGUUCCACCAUCUGCCGGCUCUUGGUCCAACUGCCCCCUCCUCCUCCUCCUCCCCUCCCCUCCUCCUCCCUCCUAUACCCCCAACAGACAUGGACAUCUUCUUCUUCGGCCACACUGGCGACCCACGCCGGGCUUUCCACCCUUCUUUCCGGCAUCGUUAUUCCUCUUUAGUCCUCCUUCAUUCCUGCUGCCCCCAGUGCAGAAACCCUGUGUCCACCUCCCUCAGAUUUCUGCAUUCUCAGGUUUUUUUUUUUCUUUAUUUGAAGAGGAGUGUGUUCGUUUGUGUUUUCCGACCGUUUUCCCUCAUCUGUCACCUUUUCCUUUUUUUUUAUUUUCCACCCCUUACCCCACUCACGCACUCACUGUAAAUGUGGAACCUGGGAGUACAGACAGCACAACGCAGGUCCUUCAUUCCUUCUCGAGAGUGUUCACAAUGGAUCGGACAUGGAAACAUAGGAACUGGCUGACUCACUGUCUAAGGAUCGUCUCGUCUUGGUCUCUUCUCGGUUUUCUUUUCUCAAAGGGAACAAAAAAACAAGCCCUGCCUGUUGUUCGGAUGAAAGACAUUUUCUGUCAUCUGUUGUAUGUUUUCUUUAUUUUUGCUCUAACAGACAUCUUGUCAGUGCCAAGACUGUUGCGUUCUUUAUGUUCGUUUCUUGUUUUUAUCUGUGACUUUAACAGGGACACCUGCCUUUUGUUAGCGGUCACUGAAAGAUUUUUUGCUUUGUUUUUUUGUUAGCACACACACAAAAGACCAAACUGAGGCCUGUUCUUAGCCUUGCAAUGUCCAGGAAAGAUGGCGAGGAAAGGGGAAGUUGUCCUGUGGACACCUUGACACUUUCCGUUUUAUUGUUUUGUGCCAUAUGCCGCUCUUUUUAUAUGCUUGCUUCCUUAUGUUCAUUGGCAAUAUUUAAAAACCAGGCUGCGGCAGUAGACGUAGACGGUUCAAACAAUGGUACUUACUGCAUUUUAGUUUAGUAGCUCCAGAUGAACCUGAAUGAACGCUGUGGGUUUGCUCCCUGUGUUUUUGCAAACUCCUUGACUGAGGAGUCAGAUGCAUGAAACGGCUGCCUUCUGAAUAGAAAUACUGAAAAUAUAAGGUGAGUUUUUCUUUGUUUUGUUUUGUUUUAAUGUUGAAUAGAAGGUGCAGGUUUGUUGCAACAGCUUAAAAAAAAAAAAGUUCUGCACACUGUUGGUUUUUUAACAGCGUGACUAAGUUAAAACAUUUGCUCAUUCCGUUUCUAUAAGCUACGAACGCGUUUAGAUCCUCGUAAUGAAUCAGAAAUAGAACAUGUUGAAUAUAAGAGCUAGUAGUUGUUAACAGGCUGACGUGGAAGGCUGAGUACACUAAAUUACGUGAUGAGCACUACCAAAAAAACGUCCAAAAAAAUGUAAAGGUGCAACAUGUUCUGUUGCUACCUUACACCAACGUCAGUACCAUUGUUUAAACUAAGCAGGUCUGCUAGAUUUCCUCAUAUUUGAUGUGUUGUAUUUUCUUUGUAUUGUCUGGAGGUAAGUAGUGUGGAUGUCAGGUUUUCUUUUUUUCUCUCUCUCUCUCUCUCUCUUUUUGGGCCGUUCAGAGCGACCAGUGCUGGAACAGACUGGUGCGAAGUGGCCACAGAAAUGCCAGAUGCUGAAAAUAAACUGACAUUGUGACUUGGCUUGUUAACUGUAUUAAUACUGUAUUUGCUUGAAUGCAAAAAGAUGUAAAUUAAAACUACCAUGUUAAACAUGUACCUUUUACCCUGGAGGAAUGCCAUUCACCAAAUCAACCGAUUUCUGUUGUUGAGGUCAUUGCGUUUAUGAAACAGUCCUGCUUGCUGGGAGAGAUGUUUUAUGAGUUAUAAGUCAGACAUGUUGGAGGUUUCUUCUUAGUGCUGAACAACGAGCCACCCACAAUAAUGAGAGAUGAUUUAAAAAAAAAAAAAAAGGAAAAAAAAGUGAUUCGGUGGCUUGUUCUUUUUCUGCAGGAUCUUUGCAGAUCUUUUAAUUUUAACAUAUUAUUUCCAAAACAUGAUAACUUAAAGUGUCCUUUUGUAUGUGACCUGUACUAUAUGAUUCAUUUAAUAUUGUAUAUAUGAUUUACCUUGUUUCAUGUAGUGUUAUAUAUCUAGAUUAAUUUUGUACAAAUUGUCCCUCUGUACAGAAUAAAACAUCAAUAGCAAGUGAAAGAAGUCGA